AUGAAGAUUUUAAAGGUUGAUACGUUUCGAAGGCCUGGAAAGGAGCUUAUGACCAGGCCACCUGUAGUUGGAGGAGUGAGGGAUGUGUGCUCCGCCAGCGAUUUAAAAGCUAGCUUGACCGUUCUACACAGCAGCGUACCCUCCUCUGCCGCCGCUCUACUUCGUUCUGGUUUUGCGACCGGGUUAUCAAUAGUCCACUCCUUCAAGGCAACCACAGUCAGGGAUUUUUACCCGACAGGCUCUCCGCAGCAGCGACAACCUAGCGCUCUCUAUCCAGGGCAUUUCAUCGUGGACAAAAAGGCAUGCUUCGAACCGGCUAGCAGCCUCUGCGUGUGGGAUACUUUUGUCGUUCUAGGUCAAGCCAGCCCUCUCCUCGCAUCGGUAUUAACAUGUGUUGAUCAUAGCGUUCGCUAUUCAUCUUUCAUGGUUGACACCUCUGGCCAUAUUUGUAUGCUUUAUGACAGUAUCUGGGCGACAAUUCCUAGCCCUGCAUCAUUUUCAAUGGUGCUAACCGAUUCAUGCCAUAAGGAGACCAGAAGGAUCUACGAGACCGGGUCAGUCUUGGGGCCGUGGUGCCCAAUAUUCCUACGAAGCACCAGUAUGCAGACACCAAAGUCUCCCAUUCUGAACAGAUUUCCCGCUGGGCUGAUGUUUGUUGUCGCUGUCCUGUCCGUACGAGUAUUCGCCGCGACCCGGGCUCUCUCUUUCAGGGUUUCUGUCGAGCUCAUCCCACCUCGUCAUGUGUCGAGAACUCGCGCCAAGACUGUCCCGUUAAGAUGA